AUGGGUUUGACUUCGGAAGCGAACAGGGAGAGACAGUAUGCGCCAGCGAAGGUGCCGCUAAAGGUGAUAAUAGUCGGCAAGGCUGAGUGGUCAUUUACCAGGGCUGGAAUUGGAGGGCUUGCCGCGGCGCUAUCACUAGGAAAACGAGGCCACAAUGUGCAUCUCAUUGAGUUCGCUCCUGAGAUCGCCGAAGUCGGAGCAGGAAUCCAGUGCGCACCCAACAUGACACGCAUCCUGGACCGGUUAGGAGCGGGCGUCAAGGUCCGCAGCACCGGCGUCGCCCUCGAGGCUAUCCAUAUCCUGCGCUGGCAGGGCGGUACUCUUCUCGGCAGUGUCCCGAUCAGCCAGGAACACGGCGAGCAGUUCGUCGUCCAUCGGGCCGACUUGCAGAUGUCUCUGCUUGAGAAAGCCCUGGCGCUGCCCAAUGUCAAGUUGCAGACCAACACGAGGGUCGACGACGUGCAAUUCAGCCCGGCGGCCGUAAAGCUCAAUGACGGCUCGUGGGUGCAUGGUGACGUGGUGCUCGCUGCCGAUGGCAUCAAAUCCAUGAUUCGUGGGAAGCUUCUCGGAGACGACAAGGACGUCGCCAUCCCGACGGGAGAUGCUGUCUACAGAGUCGUCCUUACCCGGGAGAUGCUCAGCAACUACCCAGAGCUGAAGCCCUUCAUUGAGGAGAAGAAGGCCAUUCGGUGGAUCGGACCCGGGAGGCACAUUAUUGCUUAUCCGGUGCGGAACCACGAGAUUUACAACAUGGCGCUGGCUCACCCGGAUCGUGGUCGCGUCGACGAGAGCUGGACCACCGUGACGUCGAAGGACAACCUCCUCGGCGACUACGAUGGCUGGGAUCCGAACCUGGUCAAGAUGCUCGAUCUCGUCCCAGAGGGCGAUGUCUUGGAAUGGAAGCUGUGCAUGCACAUGCCGCUGCUGCGCUGGGUGAGAGGAUCGUGCGCCCUGAUGGGGGAUGCCUGCCAUCCCAUGCUACCAUAUGUCGCACAGGGCGCCGCGCAGGCGGUCGAGGACGCUGCGUCCCUGGGAGUGGUCUUGUCUUCGAUAUCAUCGAAGGACGAAAUCCCGACGGCGCUCCUGGCCUUCGAGAAGGCGCAGAAGGCCCGCGCCGAACAUAUCCAACAGUCCUGUCUCACGACGCGGGCGGCCCUUCAUCUGCCUGAUGGGCCCGAACAAGAGGCUCGUGAUGCAAAGUUCAGAGCCCUGUCAGCCGGUGGUGACAGUGACGACAAGUGGGGGGAUCCGGAGUUCCAGAAAUUCAUCUGGAGCUGGGAUGCCGAAGCCAAGGCUGAGGAGGCCUGGAAAGAGAUGAAGCGCGAGUCAAAAGCGCAAAGCCGGCUAUGA